AUAGUCUAGCUACUGUUGCUUGACGAUGUGUACGAAUUUCCAGUAAAAAAAGAGAAGUGCUGAGAAACCAGAAAUGGCGUCGCAAGUUGUUUUUUAUUCGCAUUGAAUGUUUCUAAUCGUCCAUUGUGAUUUUGAAUCUUCUAUUCGUUUUCGAGAUAUAGCAAACAAGUAGCGUCCAUGUUUAAUUAACUGGAAGUGAUCGUUUUAUCGUGAAACUGUUGUCGCCGCCACAAUGGCGUCAUCGAACGAAGCAAGAUUGUCCCACGUAAAAGCUGGUGAAAAUCUUGAACUCGGCGGUGAUUAUCGCAAAGCGAACGGCGAAAGUUGUGCCGGUGAGGCUUCUAAGCGGCGUCGCAUCUCGCAUGACACUAAAAAACCUUCGAGGCCGGGAUGCGAUCCAAGUGUGUCAACCAAACAUAUCCAUACAUCUAUCGAAUCCAAAGGUAAAAAACGAAAACGUAGUCAGGAUUCUUCAAAGGUGGUAUCCUUGUGGGGUGAUGAUACAAAACCUGCAAAGUUGAGUAAGAUAUGGCCCGUUUUUGACUCAGGAGGGUAUGGAGAUGCAGCUGUGUUAACUCUUCAUGUUAUGAACAAAACACCAAAUUUAAUGAAUCCUUUACUAUAUGACUCUCAAAGAGACGAUUUUUGUCUAGCGGAAUUGAAUCAAGAACCAUUAAAAUCUGAUUGGUUCAGAGGCCUUAAUGCAUCAUGGAAACAGACUCAACUUACAAACAAAAUAGCCAAUAAUGAUGUAACGAAGAAAAUCUUCUCAUCAGUGUCCCGCCAGUUACGUAUCAUCAAUACACAUCUACAGCAAUCAAUGUUUAAAUAUAAAUAUCCACGGGUCACAAGAUCCAAUAUUCUUCUAGACAAUUCGACAGUUAGAAGGCCAGCCACACAUUUCAGUCUUACAUUAAGGGCAAUAAGGUUCCAGGCAACACCAAGAAGAGAGUUACCAUGUUAUGGAAAUCUUGAGUUACCAUUAAAACUGAAACAAGAAGGUGGUAUGUUACAAGUAUAUCCUGCCAUCAGGAGUCUUAAGGAUAAUGAGGUUAAAGUAAACAUUGAGAAUGAACAUGUCAAGAUGGAGAAAGAAAAAGAGAGAGAAAAAGAACGAGAGAAAGAUAAAGAUAGAGACAGGUCAUCGCGUCAUUCAUCGUGUCACCAUUGUAGGCGAAGGUCUCGUGUGAAGCGCUGUUCAAUCGGCGUUCAGUGCAGGCGUGAUCGAGCCGCCCCCGUUUGUAUUGGGGAAGGAUGGGGAACUUUGAUGGAGAACCCUGACAUCAAAGGGCUUAAAUAUCACAGGUUAAUGCGAGUCGAAACCCACCCAAAUGGUGGUGCCAGUGUAGUGUACCUUCACCAGCGAGAUGUUGACAUGCUGGGCGAACAACAACAGCAGUCUCUGGCCAAAGAGUUUCUAAAGCUGGUGUUCUCGGAAGACAGUGAGGGUUGGGCCCGGUUCGUGUGCGGCGUGGUUCGCGGCGCGGCGGCUCCCUUCCCGUGCCUCCUCCAGCAUCUCGCGCACAAGCACCCCACGCUGCCGGUCAAGGCCGGCGUGUUGGCCAGAGCAUCGGACAUCGAGACUACCACGCUCGCACGAUACUAUCAGCAGGUUCAACAAACAUAUGCAGCAGGCACUUUCCGUUGUGGUCCGUUACACCAAAUAUCUCUGGUAGGCACGGUACAUGAGGAAGUUGGAGGCUAUUUCCCUGACAUGCUGGAGAUGCUGGCUUCAUGUCCAUUUCUUAACAUGACCAUGCCGUGGGGUCCAUUAUCAGCUGUGGAAAUGGAUCCUCAAGAAUCGAAUGAUGGACCAAUAUUGUGGAUUCGUCCCGGGGAACAGCUUGUUCCCACUGCAGAACUAGGGAAGAGUCCAAUUAAGAAGAGAAGGACGGGUAUAAACGAACUCCGCAACCUGCAAUACUUGCCGCGGUACAGCGAGGCUCGCGAGUUUCUGUUCGAAGACCGGACGCGGGCUCACGCCGACCACGUCGGACACGGACUCGAUAGGAUCACUACAGCCGCUGUUGGUGUGUUGAAAGGAAUCCAGUGCGGAGACGACAGCGACCGUGGACGCAUAACGAAAGACGUGGUCGCAUUCCACGCGGCCGACUUCAACAAACUCGUUCAGCUCCUUCAGUUGGAUCUGUACGAGCCUCCCAUAUCGCAGUGUGUCACAUGGCUAGAAGAAGCAAAGCUCAAUCAGUUACGCAGAGAGGGAGUGCGAUAUUCAAGAUUGCCUCUGUGCUCAGACGAUAUUUACUUUUUACCAAGAAAUAUUAUACAUCAAUUUCGGACAGUCUCUGCCGUGACGUCAGUCGCAUGGCAUUUACGUCUAAAGCAAUAUUAUCCUUCAUCGGAAGCGUCAUCUCCGGCUGAAGAACGUCCUGCGGCCGAUCCUGAACCCGUGAUCAUCAAUAACACACCCGAAAAGUCAUCAAAACACAAAGUGGGCGUGAUCGAAAUGAGAGCUCUGAGCGCGAAGUUCCAGAAAUCCGCCAUGAAACUAUCAACUGGUGGACGCAAGAGUCUUGAUACACAAACGAAGGACAAACACACAGAUAAGAAGUCAGACAAAGAUAAAACAGACAAACCUGAUGUGAAAUCCGAGAAAGUGGAGGUCAAAGCGGAAGUAAAGGCAGAUUCAAAACUUGAAAGGCCAGAUAUUAAAACUGAGAAAUCUUAUACACCAGUCGAAAAAUCAGAGACUAUAGAGAAAAUUGAAUUGAAAACUGUAAAAGUUGAACCUAAAUCAGAUAGACCUGAUCACAAACCAGACAAAACUGACGAUAAACCAGAAAAGUCUAGUAAAACCCCUGAAAGACUUGAUAUUAAAUCAUCAAAAUCUGAAGGGAAAAUUGACAAGGACUUAAAAACAGAGAAACCCGAGAAGUUAGACAAGACUGACAGAUCAGAUAAAACAGAGAGAACAGAAUCUAGAGAUAAAAUUGACAAAGACUCGAAGUCUGAAAAAACUGACAGCAAAAGGUCUGAGAAAUCUGACAAAACUCAUAGGCACAAAGAUGACAAGCAUAGAUCAGAGAGGUCUGACAAACAUGAUCAUAGGCGGCACUCAUCUUCCCGCCAUAAAUCGCACAAGUCUCAUCGGAGAGAGCGCUCCGAUGAUAGAAGUAGGCCCAAUGAGAAGAAUGACAGACACGGAAGGGAAAAAACCACCGAGAAAGAAUCUGUGAAAGUUCAUACUAGUGCAGUGCAUCGACCACCAGACUAGCUAUCGUACAAGUGAUUUAUCGGGACAUAAAUUGUAAAUGUGUUUUCUGUGUUGUGUUGAAGAAAUUUGGAUUGGACAUGAGUACAGGUAUGAAUUUUUAUCUUGGUUGAUGGUUGACUGUUUAUUACGCGAUAGAAAUUACCCCUGUCAACAAUUCAAAGAAGUAUUUGGGUCACCAACUUUGUUAUAGAUAAGUUUUUGAGGCUAUUAAAAAUAUAAAAAUAAAUUCAAUGAUUCUAAAAAAAUUGACAAAUCAGUAUAUUUCCAUUGAAAUUGCUUCACUUCACUUUUGUAAUGUACAAUUUAAUUUUUUAUUUCAAAACUAAGAUUAUUAACUAGAAGAGUAAUUGAUUAUAAAGUAAAAACAGGAGUCUGGAUCUAUAAUAUAGUAGGAUUGUAACUUAUAGUAUGUUUGGUGACCCUAAGAACAGUAACUGUAUCUAAUGUUAAUGAAUAGAAACUAAUAAUUUGAAGUGAGCUAUGACAAUGGCUGAUGUGGAUAUAAAUUAAUUGUAUAUGUCAAACAUAACACCAUACAUUACAAAUUAGUUUCUGAAAUCUCAAUACAUAAUUUGUUUUUAUAGAAAUAUACCCUUAAAAUUGGUAUUUCUACUUAAAAAACCCUCCUUAAAAUAGUCAUAUAAUCAUAGAUAAUAAAUAUGAUUGAUUGUAAGCAUAAUUUAAUUUCUAAAGUUAUUUUAAUGAAAAAACUAGAUAAACGUUUUGAAGAAUGAAUUUCCUUUUAAAAGUUUAUAAAAUUGUAAGUAAUGUUAAUGAUUUACUUAUUUGAUAAACAAAAGUAAUAAACAUGAAAGGCAAGUGUGGAUCUCAUGUUGUGAAUGAAAGAUUUACGUUUGUUCAUUAGAUGUACACAUCAUUUGUGGAUGUUUUAGGCGAUUUAAUGAAUUUGAGGAGAUAAUAACAAAGAUAAAUUAUUACAGUGUAGCAGUCAAGCUACUGUUGUCUUCCAUUUGUGGUCCAUUGCACCAUCAAAUUUUGUUAAUUACAGAAAAAGAAAAAGUAUUGAAAAAGAACAAGUACCCAUUUCUAAAUAAAUAAAAAGUCAUGUAUCAUUUGCUAAAAGAACCUAUGAAAAUAAUAUCAAAAACUUUUUAAAGAAUGUAAUGUUGACAAUAAGGAUGUAGAAAGCAUUACGGUUUCAUUUAUUUAUAUUUGUCAGUUAUAAUAUAAAUCUCCUCAUUUCUAAAACUUUGUAUUACCAUCAAGUGCCCUUUCAAAUUUCGAUCUGAACCUCAUGUGUUGUAAGGUUCGAAUUUCUUCAAUGAAACCUAAAAGCACGAUACGUUAAAUUUAGUACAUGCAGUAAGUAGGUUAUGUAAAUUAUUGUUUAAAAGUCUCUCAGAGGCUAUGUUUAUAAGUGCGAAUGGUGAUGCAGUUUUACAAGUUACAUUUUUUGUUUACAUUUUAAACUGGUUAGAAUAGGGUAUUUGAAUGUAUUCAAAAAGUGUUUAAAAUAAAAUAAUUAAAAGACACUAUUGAAAGUGAUUUUUUAUGAUAUCCUAGUAAGAAAUGUUGAAUAUGCUCUUAUUUCACGUUUAAUUUCUAUAGAAAUUUAUUAAUUUGGCCCUAAAAUUUUUUAGGUUUGGUUCAACCGUAUGGCAGUAUUGAGUAACAUUAUUGGUUUAUGAAAUAGUUACAUUGAUAUUUCUUAAUCGAAAGGAAAUACAUUAUAUAUAUUGUUGUUUUUUUCUUCUAAACAAAUAUAUUUCCGAUUACACAAACAAAUACGAUUUAAAAAAAAAAACUAUUAUAAAUAAUAUGUUAUGAAGAAUCUAUAUUACUAGCACUGCCCAAUACUAACUGAUUUUGAACAUAUCCUACAGCUGUUUAUUUGACAAAAAAAUGCAUUUAAUAUGGACAAUAUUAUUGAUAUGUCUAAAUUUAAAUUGGAAAUUUGAAAAAUCAUAAGGUCUUGUAAAACUACAUCUUAACUUCAUUUUUGAAAGAUUUUAAAGAAACAAUAUGAGAUAAGUGAAUUUUUAAAGGAAAAAUAGAUAAAGUUUUCACACAAUAAGUACUAAAACUGCACUAAAAAUAUAAUAAUUAAAAAUAGCUUUUGAAUAGGUUUUAAUAAUAUUGUUUUUUUUUUCUUUUAAACUUAGUUAUCAGUUUGAUUUCCACUAAUAAAUUUAUUGAUCUCAAAAAGCUUAUUGGUUUUUUAUUCAAAAAGUUGUGAUUUAAGGAAUGAUGGUCACAAUAAUCUCUCAAGUUUAAAAUUUACUACAACAGCCAACUUGAUUGUGGAAAAUUCAAAUGAAAUUCCAAAAUUUUGUAAAAGAAUUAUUUCCAUACUAAAUCUUGUAAAUUGCCCCGAAAUAAGCACUGCACCUUGAAAAAUAAAAUAUAUGGCUGGAUGAUGACAAAGUCAUAGAAUGAUACUUAUGCUUGUUUUCUGAUAGAGAAAUCAAUUUUAAAGGACAGAAAUAGGUACUAAUUUUUAUCAAAACUUAUGUAUUUCUAUUCCUUUUUUUUGUAUGAAGUAACUGUUGUUUCUUACCAUGAGCAUUUGAUUGUUGUCAGCAUGUAUAAUUUGUUGCUCAUUAAAGAUUCAACCCAAUUUUGCGUCAGUAAAAGAACAUACAAAAAGAAGAUUAACGCGAGACUCAUUCACUAGAUCUUAAUUUAAAAAAAAAACGAAUUUAACGCCUUGUACUGAAGUAGUACCCAAAGACAAAAUCUAUUGUAGCCACGUUACUGAUACUUCAAACUAUUUCUCAAUAAUAACAAAUGAAGAUUCUUAAAUUCAUAUAAAGGACUUGAUGUGUGAUCCUAGUUGAGUACAAUUUGUGCCCCUAAUGCCCAUUUUAACACGCAUAUAAGGAUUAUAUACAGAAAUCAUACACUUUAAUAUUAUGUAAAUAAGUUUAGGGCACCGAAAAUUACCGUAUAUCUUAGAAAAGAAUACAGUAUUACUAAAUAUAUAAUAAUAUAAAGAUUUUUCAUGUUGUAAAAUAACUUUAUUUAUUUUACAGUAAUUAAAAUUUAAUUUCAAAGAUUCUCUAUCACAUGAUGCAUAAUAAGCUGCGGUGUUGAAUUUUUUUGUUGAAUUUUUUUUACAAUUGAACGGGAAAAACUUUAAAAUGUAUUGUUGAAAAUUAUAUCAUAAGAAAAUGAGAAUAAGUUUUCCUCGUAAUUGCGAUUUUACUGUAAAUAUGUAUCUAUUGUAAUGUUUUUAUUUUUAUGUUUUUAAUUUUUACUUUAAACUUUCUUUUUAAUAUUUUUAAGGACAUUAGUGUUAAAAAAGUUUAAAAUAAUCCCCAGUAAAGCUCCUUUGAAUUUAUCGCAAGUCCAGUUGCUCCUUGAUGUGAUUGAUUAUGUGAAGUCCACACGUCUUGAAGUGAAAGCCAUGUUUAGCAGCUAUGAGACAAGGUCAGAAAAAAAUUAUAUAAAAUUCAGUAUUUAAUUAAUCUGGAGAAACUUUGAUUCUCUUGAGCAAAUUAUUUUAAUUUAAAGAAGUUUAUGCCUCUAAACACUCAGGAUGUAUCAAGUGUAUUAUAAAAACUAAUUACAUUCUAUUGUACUAACUUUCAACGCGGUAUUGCCUAAGUUAUUGUACAGUCAAUCGCCUACUACUUUUUUUCUUUCUCAAUCAGUUAUGUAUAGAGUAAUGUGAAAUUUAAUGAAUUUUCAUUUUUUCAUUUCAUUUUCUAAUUUCAUUUUUUCAUUUCAUUUUCUAAUUUCAUUUUUUCAAUUUAAUUUCGAUAUUUUGCCUUAGAUUUUCUAAGGCAAAAUUUCACUGGUGAAAUUAGUUCCAUUCAUAAAUUAACUUAAAAAUAUAAUAAAUUAUUGUGUAAUAAAUUUUUUUUAUUGACUUUUUAUAUUUUUAUGCGCAUUACUUAUACAUAACUUCAAAAACGUGAUAGUAAAAAAAAAUCACAGCUAAAACUUUAAAACACCUAGGGUUGAGUGAUUAUUAUUGAUCAUAACGUCUCUAUUUACUACAGUACUUUUAUGAAAGAUAUUGCUUUUUUGAGGCAUGCUCAUGUUAUUUAUGUUUCCUGCACCCAUGACCAAGAGAUGAAUAGGCAAUUAAAAAAAAAGCGCCACCUUUUACAAAGAUUAAUGCCGAGUUUACAUUACGAAAUUAGUGUCAUGCAUGUUGAGCUCAGUUUCACGGAAGUAGUUUCGAUAUAUGCGAAAGUAAUUUCGUUAAAAAAAUAGUGUCGCGAAAUCCACAGUAUCGCAGUAGCCAUGGCGCCUUCAACAUCAAAGCUGUAAUUUGCUAUAUUUAAUGUAGCUAAAGAAAUGCUUAUAUACCUAUAAACUUAAAAAAAGACUAUCAAGAAAAAAAAGUUGGUAGAUUCAAGGAUGGUCAAACAAGAAGGCAUUUAGGUGCAACGAAAUUAGUUUCUGAAUUAGCAGAUGAAGAUCCUGAGAGUUAUAAAAACUAUUUUCGAAUGAGUGAAGAUAAUUUUGAUUUUUUACUGUAGGUGUUUCGGGACCCUUGUCAUUGAUAUUCAUUAAUAAGAUCUAUAUUUUUUUCUGUACUCCAUCGUUGGUUUGCCAUUUUCAACGCUUGAAGCGCGUCCGAACUAACAAUACACACGUCCGCACAGCGCAGGCCCUUUCGCGACAUUAGUUUCACGUCGCGUUUACACUAUGAAAUUAGUUGCAUGACAUUAAUUUCACCAAAAAAUCGCGCAGGGCACGAAACUAAUUUCCAUGCAUGAAAUUAAUGCAUGCAUUACGAAAGUAUUAAAUUACACGUGAAACUGUUAGUAAAACUAAUGUCACGAAAUUAAUUUCAUGCCACUAAUUUCGUAAUGUAAAUUCGGCUUAACUUCAAACUAUAAAAAAGAAUUUUAGUUUGUAUUUUUUAUUUAACCUCAUUUGAAAAGUUUGCAACGGUGAAUCUAAGUUGGCCAGAUUAACUAAUAUAAUAUAAUUUUUUUUUUUAAAUUUGAAUGACCUUUUCUAUCUCAUCUAAUGUCAAUAAGAUUAUAACAGAGUAUACAACAUUAAUUGUAUUAGGUCUGAAAUGUAGUAAAAACAAAGUUUGUAUGAAGAAAACGUUUAAGUGUUUUUGUUAAAAGGAAGUGCCCUCUGGUUUCAGUGAUUGAUGUGAUCGAAAGAGAAAAGAGAUAUAUUUAACCUAUUUAUAUUUAGGUGGUUAAUUUAUUGUUUCAAAUUUCCUAUUUUUUUUAAUUAGACUAUGAAUUAAAA